CUGAUAUUAUAUGAUAUCAGGCUAAAAACUAUUUAACAAUUCCGUAUCUUUUUAGCAUCUACCAUGAGUUCUUCAGACAGUGAGCUAAAGAGGAUCACUACAGAGUUGAAUAAUCUUUCACUCAAGAGGCAACAACUUCUGGAAAGGAAAAAAAUCCAGUGCAUAAUUCAGGAGUUGAGGGGUCGUAUUGAAUUUGGACAACCAGAGGAGGCCCCAACUCAGGAUGAGAUUGACAGCAAUGAUGAAAAACUGAAAGAACUAAAUGAGAGGAUUUCUGAACUACAAAAAUCCCACAAAAACCUCCUCAGUGGCAACGAUUGUAAGAAGGAAGAGGUUAGUUCCGCCCCUGAUCAGAAUACUGUCACAGGUGAACUUCCUGGCUCAAAUGUUUUCUUUGUUGAGGCCCCGCCAACUAUCCCUGCCCCUACAGUGAUUCUGGACUUGGAAAAACUUCCAACAAGUCCAUGUAGGACACAGUGUCCAGAGUGUCGGCAGUUUGUUGUGACAGAGACAAAAACCUCUGUCAACAGUAUGACCUGGCUAGUGUGUUUCAUGUCAGUCGUGAUGGGCUGUGUGGCUGGUUGUUGCCUAAUUCCCUUCUGCCUCGAUACGUUCAAAUCUACCAUACACAGAUGUCCUAAGUGUCGGUCAUCAAUCAGCACUGUUAAAAAGCUCUGAGAGAAAAGCAGCAGGUGAGAACUCGGUGAGAGCUCAGACUGAAAGAGCAUCACACAUCGACCCAAUGGUGAAGCAGCAUGGCUUGUUUGAAGAGUUUUGUUAGCAUUCACUGUCAUGAUACUCUCCAUUGUGCAGGAUGUUGAAUGAAUAUAGGAUGAGGGACAAUGUUUGUCAACUCAAACAUUCAGACGAUAUCACUUUAAUGGAGUACACUUCAGGAGAACCAUGUGGUGUUGACUAAUAGUCAGCCUGAGUGUAAAUGUACAUUAUUUUAUAUUUGUAGGAUGUAAGGUGUGAUCUUAAGGUCUUAAGUCACAGCAGUCUUAAAACUAGUGGAGACAGUGCUACUUGUAAGUGACACAUUAACAAUAUUCAGCAUUGUAGAUGGCCAGAGAUCUUAAGUAAACAUUUACAUUAUUCUCCAAGGUAUGCACUACAAUAUGUCUUGGUGUUGAGUUAUACAAGUAUCUACAUAUGAUGAGAAAAAAUACUAAUCUCAUAAGUCUUUUUCCAUAACAGUUACAUCAACAUUCAUAUGAGUUUGUCAGCACUGCUCCAGAUAACCUGACAGUGCAUCCCUAAUACUUCAACAAUACGAUCAUUAUGCUCAAACACACACUGCCCAGAAACUGUUCUGCUGUGCUGGAUCGUGUUAUCUAUAAUAUUUUUUUUGACACUGUAUUUUAUUUUCUUCAUAUCAGAAGUCAUCUUUGGCAAUUAGCUAAAAGGGAAAACCAGUCAAACCACAUACUUUACUUGCUUGUGAUUAGAUUU